AAAUCCGGCCGAAUCCGUAGCUACCUGAGCCAGAUCUAUUAACGCGUACAUAUCAUAUCAACGGGCGAGUCUGCAUGUUUUCCCCAUAAACAUGGCCAUGGACGCCUACUCGUAUUCUCCCCGUGCAUGUUACACUGUCUUAAUCAUACUAACUCUCGUGUAUCGUCAAAAGAUAGUGCUUGCUGAAGAAUGGGAAUGUCACAUGGAAGAAGGAAAUUGUGAUUCAAAAGAUAGUUUCGAGGACGGAAAGACCAAAUAUCAUCUAAAUAGGCCUACCAACCCGGAUCCAGAAGCAAAAUGGCAACCCUACCUUGAUGCAAUAAGCUCGGCUGUAAUGCAGUAUAAGGACUGUGAGCAAGAUUCUUGCACAUGUCAUGACAGUGUGAUUGAGAAGGAUUUGUCAGUUUGGAGAGAAAAGGGUGGCAUCACACAAGAGCAGUUCAAAAAAGCCCUUGGAAGAGGAAUAGGUAAUCACUACCAGAUCAUCAAUCACAAACUCUAUCGCAGCAAGAGAUGCAUGUUUGCAGCAAGAUGCUCAGGGGUUGAACAUUUCAUCCUCAAAAUCAUUAAAAAGCUACCAGACAUGGAGUUCAUAUUGAAUGAGCGUGACUGGCCACAGAGCCCAAAGUUUGCUGAUCCACUACCAGUUCUAUCAUUCAGUAAAUUGAACCCUCUCAACCUUCAUGCCGCAGAGUUACAGGUACAUCUUAACCUAAAGAAUGGCAGCCGUGCUAAAGCCAGAGUAAUAAUGGAGCGCAAGGAGCGUCACUUCGUGACGGACAUGAGUGCUAUACAAGAAGCCAUUAUUAUUAUUAUUAAACAGCCCACCCUCCCAAUAGAUAGAAUGUGUGCAGAUAUCAUGAUUGAGAUUACCUACAAAUGCAUUUCCAAUGAGCAUGUGCAAGCAAAAUAACAAAAUAUCACCACACACACACCCUGCAUGUCCAAGAAAUUCCAUAGUUAAAUCUACCCUUUAUUCUCCAGUGUGACUGCUGAGUUUAGAUGCAAAUUUGUUUUCCCUAGCUCAAAUGCAUUGCGCAAUAUAGGCAUUCAGACCUUACAUGUAUUUCCCACAGUCCCGCAAACACACAAUGUCUGAGCCUACUAAAACUUUGAAAAAGACAUUUAAGAAGAUCAAAUUUAGAUCUUGUGGAGGAUCUUCACCCCCUUUGGAGUUCCACGUACAUACAUGUACAACAUGCCCCUGAUGCCGUCUUUGCUAGCGGGAAAACCUGUUUGGAAUAUGUUCUAAGUGGUCGUUGGGACAGUGGAAAACAUUCACAUUGUGGCACGACAGCACUACGUCGCCCGCAUGGUUUUGUCAAGCCUCUUCUAGCUCUGGGGGUGGCCAAUCCCAUCCCCGAAUUUGGCGGUGUUCCAGAUCUCCUUAACGUAGCCGUAGCCGCUCUACGGUAACUCACCUACCGGAGGCUACGGUUGUUCUGGAUCAUUCUCUCCAAUCUCCAGUUAUUCGGAACAAGAAUUUACAGAUUUGGGGAACACUUCCAUGUCACAACGAGGUAACCUGGUGAUGCUACAUGUAGUAGUGAGCACAAUUUAACACUUUCCUCCUCCCUCACUCAAGGAACCUACUCGCACUUCAUAUCAUAGGGAGCCUACUGAUACCGGUCCUUCACUAAAAUCUACGGUUCCAGUAGACAAUUUCUGUUCAAAGUUUUUGGAGGAAGCUUACCAAGGUGCAGAAAAAGAAAUCAGGUAGAAUUCCCAGGUAAUUGUUGUCGCUUUUUAAAACCAAUGCAGAUGACACCAGCCACUUCUUUACUGUUCCCACCAUUUCCUCUGAAGUUAACGACAAACUCAGUUCUGAAAAUGGUGCCAAGAAAAAUGUCUUUCCUGACAAACGUACAUGUACAAGUUAGAUCGUCACAUGCACCAUGGAGCCAAAGUGUCUAGUUUCUCCAUCCUAUCGUACUUUCGAAUGUGUUGGCACGUGUCUCUGGGGAAACAUCAUUAAUAGUGGACCAGGAUCUUCCAGUUUUUAAUUUUAAUUCCUGGAUGACUGUUUAAGCUCAUGCCUACGAGAAUUUGUGGUUGGGGUAGCCAUCUGUUCCUCGAUACGUCAAUCCUUAUUUCUUGACAACCUGUUCUGGCCUUCUCAGGGAUCCCAAGAGUGU